AAGGGAGAGGGAGGGGCUGCUGCAAAACACACUGAUAGAAUGAAUGCAAAGAGCCAAAAAAACACUUCCUGUUGAUGCAAAAAUUGCAGCAGCAACUGUGUGACACAUCUGGACUGGAGAGGGGGGGAGGCCUGGCGGUAGUGUUAGCGAACUACUGAGGGGAAUGGACAACGUUUAAUGCUAAUCUGCAAGACGGUGAGUUGAGUGGACUUCAACUUUGCCUUGGACUGGUGACCAUAAUGCGUUUGUAAUGUCGGCACGUCUUUGCUCUUACAGUGCUGUCGACAAACUGGAGAAACAUAUCCAAGAAAUGGACGACGGCAGCUACAUCGAGUUUGAUGUGCCGGAGUUCAGUAACACUGUUCUUACCCAGCUCAAUGAGCUGCGGCUGCAAGGGAAGUUGUGUGACAUCAUUGUUCACAUUCAGGGCCAGCCAUUUCGAGCCCACAAGGCUGUGCUGGCAGCUAGCUCACCCUACUUUCGUGACCACUCAGCUCUCAGCACCAUGAGUGGCCUUUCCAUCUCAGUCAUCAAAAGCCCUGAGGUGUUUGAGCAGCUUCUUGCAUUCUGCUACACAGGCCACAUGUCCCUGCAGCUCAAGGAUAUAAUCAGUUUCCUCACUGCUGCCAGCUUUCUGCAGAUGCAGGCCAUCAUUGACAAGUGUACCCAAAUCCUGGAGAGCAUCCACUCCAAGAUCAGCCUCCCAGUUAAUGUCUGCAGCCCAGAGAAGGAUGACUCACAGACCAGCCGCAAUGGGGUCAAUGACAGCAACCUCUUUGUAAACCCUACCCAGAUCUCCCCCCCUUACUACUCCCGGCAGAGUCAGGCAGGACACGAAGCGCGCUUUGAGCUGGCAGGAAAAGGCCUGGGCCGGGGGCGACAGCAGCAAGAGGAAGGCCAGUCGGACCGAGGCAGUAGUGAUAGUGUGUCAGAGCAUGAUGCUCCCAUGGAGGGAGAAAUGGAGCAAGUGGAACUGAUUGGCAAAGAUGGGCAAGUAACAGAUGUGCAUGUGAAGGUAGAGAAGACCGAGAGGCCCACUUAUUCAGAUAGUUCGUCAGCCGGUGAUGAUGGCUACCACACAGAGUUGGUAGAUGGAGAACAGGUUUUGGCUGUUAGUGUGGGUUCUUAUGGUCCUGUCAUCCAGUCUGCUACCUAUUCUUACUCAGGGCUGUCCUCUCCGUGCUUUGUCAACCUUAGCAGCUCCAGUCCUUCCCGCUCCAUACUCAGUGGCUUCAGAGGUGGGCGAGCCAGGGCAAAGCGCCCCCUAGUCAUCCCAGCAGGAGUGCUGAGUCAUAUCAAACCAGGCUCAGAUGACGGUGAAUCGGCUAUGGGACCCACAGGGUUGGAGAAUGAUGUGCGAGAGCGUAGCCUGCGGAGCCAGUGGUACCCCUACAAUGAGAGACUCAUUUGCAUCUACUGUGGAAAGACCUUCAAUCAGAAAGGGAGCCUGGAUCGCCACAUGCGCCUGCACAUGGGAAUCACCCCAUUUGUUUGUAAAUUCUGUGGCAAGAAGUACACAAGGAAAGACCAGCUGGAGUACCACAUCCGUGGCCACACGGACAACAAGCCCUUCCACUGUCAGAUCUGUGGCAAAUGCUUCCCAUUUCAGGGCACCCUUAACCAGCACCUGAGGAAGAAGCACAUGGGAGCGUCAGAGGGCAGUAAUCAUAUGGACUCUCCAGAGAGGACGGAGGGAAGCUCAGGUCAGAAAGACCAAGAGGAUACGUCUGAGGGGAUGGCCUUUGAGGCACAAUAUGCAGAAGAGGCACCAGCCAAUGAUAUGGAAGAGAGUUCAAAAUGCAGUCCGGAGGAGGCUCAAGCAUCAAGAUGUGAUUUUUAGGUCCUGCUUCAGGUUAAGGAAGCUUUAAGAAAUGUUUAUUUUAACUCAACUUAAAGGACUUUAAUUUCUUUUUGAAUCAGCUCCCUCUACUAUGUACAUUUGUUGCAUUAAGAGUUUCUGUCAAUUUUGUGAAAGUUAGAUGUUGAAUGCAGAGAGCAAAUGGGUGCUUUAUAAAAAUUUGAUUCUUUCAAGCAAAGGGAGUAACAACUUACUAUUUUUGAGGAGGUCCUAAUAAUCAAGACCCCCUAAUUGAUUUCUCUUUUUAUCUUUCCAUGUUUUUUAAACAUAUUUACAGAGUUAUAUAGGCAUGUUGCAAUAAUUGAUAAUGUGAAAGCUCUGGUAAGAUGCUAGUCAUAUCACCUUUUUACCUGACCUGUUUUUGCACAUGUGGCCACAGGAGGUCACUUACUCACAAGGAAUGAUUUUUCUGCCAGUGCAAAGCUUCGUGUGACAUAUCUGUUCAAUACCUCAUGAUGCAACUACAUACUCAUAACAGACAGUAUUUUAACUUAAAUGAAACUCACCAGGUUCUACCUCAUAGCCAAGAACCUACCAGGCACAGACGUGUUCACCGUUUGAAAUCCAUUUUAGGUUGUAUGUACAGUAUCUUAUUGCCAAACCCUGUAAAGAAUAUUCUCUCAACACAAAGCCUUGAUACUUAGGUGAAAUAUUCCUUGCUGAUUGUAUCGAUUAGGGACAAAGUCCUUGUCAAAUGUUUCAUGGUCAGCCAGGUUAAAAUGAUGAUUAAGAAGGUGCUAUGUUAAGAGUGCAUUACAUUUGCUAGCUUUCAUGUGUGUUUGUUUUUGGCAAAUGCAGAGAAUAGACUAAGAAACUUUCAAGAUAUGAUUUUGUUGUCUUAUAACUAAUAAUUUGUUCUACAAAACACUUAAGGAUUUUAUCUCUCAUCACUACUGGAGAUCUCAGUCUGUUGGCCAAGGCGUGGUUUUAGAUGCUGUCAUCCAUUUAAUGGGUGAAUUACGUCCAUACAGUGAAGUCAUUUGUAUUCCUCUAUACUCUGAUUGCAGACUUAUACUGAAUUAUUGUAUGUGUAAAUUGUUUUGUCCUGAGGUAGGCUUCUAGGUUAAUACUCAGUGUCUAACAGAGACAGGAGUACUCAUUGUCAACUCAGCACAGUAGGAACAGCUCUAGAUCUGUUCACAUGUUCACAUAAAUCUAUAUAGUAUACUAGCCUGAAUAAUAUGCAAACAGAAAGAACAAAGGAAUUUCAGCCAUUUUGACAUGAUUUUUCUUCCAUUCUUUGAAAGAGCUAUUAGUUUGUUUCCUUUUUUUCAUUCUGUCCUUCCUUUUAUGAUGGGACGAUUGAUCUGUGAUCUUUGUUCUCUGCAUUGGUUGGGGUCAAAUGCAGACUUGGAACAUGUUUUCCAUUGUCAAUCCUACUUUAUGGUGUUGACAUAGAUGUGGCAUAACUAGAUUAAGGCUAAGGGGUAUAUGUUUUUCGAGGUAGCUGAUGAUCCAAAGUAUUGAUGCACUUUGCAGAGUUAGUGGGUGGGAUGGGUGCCAUCCCAUUGAUAAAAUGUGCUAAUUUCUGUCUUAAUUCUGGUGCAGCAACUGCAUUGUCAGUUGUGCUUGCUUCACAGCAGUGAUUUUUCAGUGAGUAAAAAUGUUGUGAACCUCGAUGAGACUCUGCAGUCACAUGAAUACUAUUGGCUACAUGUCAUGCAUAUGGCAACAUUGUAUUUUAGCUAUACUGUUUGAACUAUAGACUGUAUAUAAAGAUGGACGACGCGUUUCCGCUUCCUCCCACUGUACAAAAGUGAAGCCAAAAUCUCCCGGAUACGGGAGCUGCCCUCUUACGCUAGUGACGUCAUUUCAAGCCAGAGCCUGCACUGUAGUGAUCGAGGUUGGAGCCACGAUAUCAUGGCCCCGCCCAUCGCAAGCCUGCCUCAGCUGUCAAUUAUUACGUGAAACCCCCUUUUUAUAGCAUCAAAUAACUAAUUUAACCAAACUUAUCAGAAAAAUGAACACCUGAGCAUAAAUCAGUGUGAUAAGAACUACCUAAAAUGACAGAAACUAUCUUUGGGAAAAAUGUAUUUGACGUGUACUUAGAUUUUUUUAGUUUGGCCCGUGUCCGUGGAGUUUAUGACCUAUACUGCAGCCAGCCACCAGGGGGCGAUCGAGAUGUUUUGGCUUCACUUUUGGGGAGCUGUCAUGUCGUCCAUCUUUAUAUACAGUCAGUGGUUUGAACCAUGUGGAACCAGGAUGGGGGUGUUGUUAAUAUAUAGAGACAUUGUGAUUUAAAAAGAUCUGCAUUCACAGUAAAUACAUAAAAGGCACUUAGAAGGCCUGAUUAAUUAUCCUGUCAUAUUUUGCAAAUUUAAGAUCAGCUGGGUGGUCCCUUUCGUGUUAUCCUGCUUUAUUUGCCAUCCAGCUGUUUAAUGCCUUUUUUUCAUACAAUUUUCUACUUUGUGUGCGUUUGGUGGGAAAAUAUUGCGUUUUGUUGCUUAUGUCUAAUGUUAAGUCAAGAACGCAGUCCUUUUUAUUCCACUGAAUGUGUGGUCAUCGUCAUCACUCAUUGACAGUUAAGAAAGCAAACCAAAACGUAGGGAAUUUAGCAAAAAUCGGUAUAGCUAGCUUUUCAUUAUUUUUUUGUGUAAGGAUUCAUCACAAACACUUUUUUGGUCAUCAUCACCCACAGUCUGUCAACCUGUACAAUACUUUUUAGAUGAAUGUUUACUCAAGUUUAUUUCUGUCAGCCGCUGAUGUGAUGUGCAGGCUUGACAGCUGAUCUGACUUCACCAAAGUCAGUAGCUGACUAAUUUGAAUCUGCCUGAUGAUUCUUGCCCUUCACCUCGAGAAAAACAAGCAGGAAAUGCGUACCUGCAUUAUUGUCAGUAAGGUUUUGUGAGUAAUGAGUACAAACUGCUAAAACAAUUUUGUGCCAAGAGUUCACACCAAAGACUAAUAGGUGAUUUUAAACAGUAAAUUUUGACUGUAUUGCAUAAUUGAAUGCUCAUUAAGAAGAAUAUGUUCUUUAUUUAAUGUAGGACUAAAUCAUUGCUAUUUGCAAGGAAUGUAUGUUUCCCAGCUUCUAACAAUCACUUGUGUAAAAUUUGAACAAUUUGCUAAGAAGACGUUAAGUAGAAGAAAUCAUAAAUAACAUCAUAUAUUAAGCCAUACAAAAGCUGACAAAAUAAAAGUUGUGCAAUAGGUAUUGUAAAUGUUUAAAGCAAAUGUAAACAAAAGAGAGAAUACUUCACAAAAAGUGGCAUCUUAAACUUAGUGCCUUGCCACAAGCUUUACAUUUUAGAUUCUGGCACUUAGAUUCCUGUGCCUCUUUUGUUUUUUAAUGGAUAAUAGACAGAUUAUAAUAAGAUAUGGCCACAUAAUUUAUUGUAAAAUGGUGCCAAGAAUGAAUAGAAAUUAAGUCAUGUCAUUCUUGGCCAUUUUGUAGUUUUUUCAGCUCAAGUCCUGCCCCCAGUUUUCGCUUUUUAUCAUUUGAUUUGUUAGUUUUUUGUCAUUGGAUGGACAAGUGAUUUUAAGGUUUAACUGAUUUUGUAGCAAUUGAUUACAAUCAAAUGAGGCAGACCUGUUCCCUGCAAGCCAUUGCCCCAUGUUCAGAGACUAGACUGUAUCCCUCCUCUCUAACAACUGAGGACAAUCUUAGUGAUGUACUGUAGUUUUAGGCAUUUCAGUGAAGGAAGGAGAUGCAUGAGAAACACAAAUCUACUUCCUCUCUUCUCUUGGAGCAUCUGGCAAGGGAACAGCUGAUUGGGUAUUUAGCAGAUAAUAAACUGAAUAUUUGUGGAUGAUAAAAAGGUUACCCUCAUAUACUGUAGCUUAAUUGCACGUUGCUCAACCACAAAAUAGUAUAAAAUUGCCAAUGGAUAAUUUUUUAACUCAAGUUUUCUUGUGUCUGUGUCAUCGAUUGUGCACUUACAGUUUUUUGUUGGUAGUAAAUACCAAUUCCAUCUGGGAAAUCUAGUUUAUCUCUGUAGUUACUCUUAAGGGACUCCGCUAUAAUGGCCUCAAUAACUUUGGUAGGGACCUUUUUCCCCUUAAAUGGUGCUUUUAGAUAAGUCAGAUUUUUUUUUUUUUAUCAGAUGAGUAAACAAGUCCAUGUAAUCAUCAUAGGUGAAUGCAGGAGAAAUUGUUUAAAUGCUUUUCAUGAACUUAGUUACUUAUGUGAUAGUACACACCUACAGAACCAACUGAACUUGACACACACUCGAAUCGACUCUUUGUCAACUCUUAGUUCCACACUUCUGAGAGGAACAGGAGAUGCAUCAUGGGCCACAAGUAAUCAAAAGGAAGUGUUUACAGGGAAGGCUGUCAGACUACUUUUUGAAAUUGCAGCUCGUCCUAUUCUUUUUAUAAUAAACUCACUUCAGGUAGUUUACAAACACUGAUACAGGCUUAGAAAAAUCUUAAGUCUUCCAUAGCUUUUCUGUCAGUUUCUGUCCACUGUGUAUUGUUAAAAAAAAGAAAAGAAAGCAAUAACCUUUUUAAAAGUGGUGUAUUGGGAUCAUCAAGCCUGUUGAAAUAUUGGCCUGUCAUAUAUCAAACAAAUGGAAUGUCAGGGAGCUGUUGAAUUGAAGUAGGACCAGUACAAUUUGAUAUUGAUUUAUUUUUUAUAUAUUUUCUGAAACUUUGGACAGGUUGACUUCCUCUUCAGAAAAAAUAUAUAUAAAUAAAAAAGUGGUGUUGCUUGCUGGUGUUCUAAAUGCUCAUCAAAAUCCAGUGGUAGUCAGUAAACUGCAACACAAGAGCUGAGCUUGUGGCUCAGUCAUCAAGCUCAGUGGCACUGUUCAGAGUUGCACCUCCAGCUGUGUCAAAUAAUGAAAGGGAUUUUGGGCUGUAUAGCCACUGUUUGGGAGUGGGCUAACUGUUGUCAUGUUGAGGUUCAGUGGUCUCCUUUGGCUCCUCAGGCACUGAGACUGUAGUUGUAGUUGUUCAGGAUCAGAGGGGAAGUUUUCAGUCUAGCUAUUGUUCCUUUUCCUUUUACAACUCCCUAAACUGCACUAUAAUGUCUCUGGCUCGUAUGUAUUUGGUGACAAGGCAAAAAAAAAAACUUAGAACUCAGGGUAUAUAGUGUUAAAAGUGGUCUCAUUGGACAUACAUCUUAUGUCCAUAGUAUAAUUGUGCACUUCUCUUCAGGUGGGGAAAAGAGUCCUCAGUCAGUGGUUCCCAAACAUUCUGCCUCAAGGUCUCAAUGAGCCCAUAUUUUCCACAGAGCUGAAGCUUUAGGAGCGCUGGAUACCAUGAACUGAACCAUGAUAGCAGAAAUGCCGAAACUCCUGUUUUGUCCACUCUACACACAACCUCACAACCCAACUGUGAACCUCAGAACUCUACUGUUUUGUACAACUAUGAAGUAAAUGAAGCUAGCUAGAGCUGAUGUUGUAUCUAUUGCCAUUUAUGAAUUUAUUUUAUAGCAUGAAAUAAAAUAUAUUUAUUCAAAUUAUAUAUUUUACUCAUAAUCAUUAUGUGCUGCUUCAUUUUGGUUCUUAAGCUUGUAAAUUGCUUUUUUAUUAUAUAAAAAAUGUCAAUAGAAUAAUGCGUUUGUAAAAUAAAGACGCUGAUUUGGC